AUGACUUCUGAGAGCGCCUGUGAGGACCUGAAGGGUGUCAGAGGGGCUAGGGCUGAGGGGCUGGCUGAAAAAGAUCUGAAGGGUCCGGCGUUGGGCUGCAGCGCAUCCCUAGCUCUCGAGGCCCUGGUUGCCCACGUGCCCCAGCGUCGCGGUCAGAGUGCCCGCGGGGAGGGCGACCCUCGCAGGAGUCCUAGCCAGGCCUGGAGAGCGCCUGCCGCGCGCUGCCAAUUCCCCGUUACAGGAAUUCGCUUGGGGCUGCGACAGCGACGGCGGCGGCGGGCACAGAGGGCAGGGAGGAGGCCAGAUCAAAGGAAGAGCCGAGAGGCCAGCCCUCCCGGGAGGGCGGGGGACAUCCCGGGCGCUGACCCCGAGAGCAGUGCCCGCGCCCCUCCCGGGGCUCCGGCCGGAGGGGGUGGCGCGCCGCCCGCCCCCACCCCGUGCGCCCCAGAGACCAGGCCUGAGCCACCGCCCCCCAACUUCCCGCCCCUGAAGGAGGCGAAGCCGGGACCCAAUAAACGCCGGAGCGGGUCCGGAGGCGCGGAAGCGCGGGUGGAGAGACUUCAGCGGGACAGGAUGCCCCGGCUCCCUGGCAGAGCGCGGCUCCUCCUCGGCGUGGUGCUGCUGACGGCGCUGCUGGAGGAAGGGCGGGGGCUCCCCACGAAGAAGCCGUGGGGUCCCUGGCUCCGACCUCGGAGCCACGCGAGGCUGGCAGAGGUCUCAGCCUCCCCUGAUCGCAGCUCUCCUGGGGAGAGGAGCAGACGCCACCAUUCCCAGGAACCCGCCUCCAGGCGGGGCCAACACAGGGCUCUGACCCUGGAAGGGGCGGCCUUUGCUGGGACCCAGGAGGACACUCCCUUGCUGCCGGAGCUGCAGAAGCUGCGAGGAUUGGCCAACACAGACUCGAGUACCCCAAACCCCAAUAUCCAGGUGACCGUCGAGGCGGUGGAGGACCCCCAGGCCCAGGUGCACAUGGACCUGUUGGCUGAGCCAAGCAGCCAUGGGCUCCAGGGCGCCCCCAGCUGGCAGCCUACCAAGGAGCUCUUCUGGCCCCUCUUCUGGAGCUACACGGAGGGUGAGGAGGGGGGGUCCAGUCUCAAGGGCAGCGUCCCAGGGGACGAGGAGGACUACCCUUCAGAGUACAGUGAGGAGGAGGAGGAGGACUACCCUCCAGAGUACGGAGAAAGGGAGGCCCAGGAGAGCAACGACGAGGAGGAUGACGACAAGGAGAAGGCUGGGUUCAGUGGGGCCACAGGCGUCUGGGAGCAAGGCUGGCUAGCCCCUCGGAACUGGGACUUCAAGCUGCUGGACAGCUACGAUUACGAGCUCCAAGAGGAGUGGGGCCCCUGGUCUUCCUGCAGUGCGAGCUGCGGUGGUGGCAGCCAGCAGAGGACACGGCCCUGCGGCCACGCCUGCACUGCCACCAAGUCCCGCACCUUACACUCUGGGCUUGGUCCCCUGGGAAUCUGCACCUCGCAAGGGGCCCGUGGGCUGCCGGCAGCCUCCCUUGCAGAGGAGGCCCCUGCUCAACGCUGUAGCUUCAACAGUGUAGAAGCUCGCUGCGCACCAGCAGUGUGCUGGGGCAGGGGGUUCCCAGAGGACCACGGUCUGGUGCCUGUCCUCAAGGAGCUCGGGUCUCCAGGCACCUUCCCCAGGGCCUCGCCUACCACCCAGCACCUAAAGGAGCAACGGCUGGCAGAGCAGGGGGAGUCUGGGCCCCUCCUCCAGCCCCCUGGCCAGGGUCUGUUUCAGGCCGUGGCCUCUUGCUUCAGGUUGCCCGGGUGCUGUGCGGGAGCCGCUGCCUGCCAGCAGAGGAGGCCGGGUCGGGCUGCCCCCAGUUCUGGUGCUGGUCCGAAGGCCACACCAGGCCACACCUGUGGACCCACUGGGGCUGGCCUCCUCCCCACACGCCGGCCCUGGACCAGCACCCCCCACACCACACCACACCAAGGGGCUGACCGCACCUCCCCCACUUCCCCGCCCGCUGCAGAUGUGGACAGCUGUGAGAAGUGGCUGAACUGCAGGAGCGACUUCCUCGCCCAGUACCUGAGCCAGGUGCUGCGGGACCUGCCCAGCUGCCCGUGCACAUACCCGCUAGAGGCUGCGGACGAGGCCGUGAGCCUGCGGGACGAGCGCCAGGGCCGCAGCUUCCAGUGGAAGGAUGCCAGUGGCCCAAGAGAGCGCCUGGAUGUGUACCAGCCCACGGCCCGCCUCUGCCUGCGCUCCCUGCUGUCCGAGGGCAGCAGCACCCCGGCCGCCCAGCACUGCUGCUACGACGCGGGCGGCCGGCUGCUGACCCGCGGCAAGGGCGCCGGCGCGCCGGACCUGGUCAGCACCGACUUCUCACCUGAGCUGCACUUCAAGGUGGACAAGCAGCCCUGGAUCCUGUGUAAGGGGGACUGGAGCCGCUACCACGCCGCGCGGCCCCCCAACAACGGCCGGGCCUGUGCUGACAACCCUCCCGAGGAGGAGUUCCUGGCCCAGCUGCAGGAGGCCAAGGAGUACUGAGGAGGGGGCCGCUGGCUGGGGUACUUUCCCAGUGGCCCCUCAGCCUGUGAACCGAGGCAGGUCAGCACCCGAGUGUCGGGUUGGGCUGGAGAGAAGGUUGGGUGCACAGGCCCCAGGGUGUGGGGCAGGAGCCCGGGCCCAGGGCCCGGGGGUGCAGUGGGGAUCUCUGUCUGUGGGGCCUCCCUCUCCUGCCUGCGAGGAGGCGCUCUCCCUGCCUGGCCGCUCACGCUCCUGCCCUCCCCUGAGCCGGGCUCCCCUGCCCUGGGUCUGCUCAGCCUCGUGAGCCAGGCCCUCGGGCUGCCACACACGGCCUGGUCCCCAGGACCUGUGGUGACUCGCUCGACCCCCAGCCCUGAGAGCCAGCCCUUCGCUGCAGCCUCCCCACAGCUGCCCGUUGUCAGCCCUGGGCAACCAGCCCUCCCCUGUCUCUGAGGGGCUGCACCUGGCUCUCUUGCCCCACCACCUGCUGGGAGCCACCAAGCAGAAAGCUUCUCCCCGGCUGGGAGCUGCCCUUCAGUGGACACCACUUCUGUCCUGGACUGAAGGCUACCAGUGGACAGAUGGGCUGGGGCGGCCAAGCCAAGGCAGGCUGCAGGUGGGGAAGGGACCACCCAGUUCAGGCCCCUUCGUCCAGCCCACCUCUGUUCUGUCCAGGUUGCCUGAGUGGGCAGGGCUGGGAGAGGGCACCGCUCCAGCUGUCACUGCGGCCAGGCUUGGGGUGGACUGAGAACCAGCUCAGGAGUGUGCCAUGCCCCUGUGGCGCCGGCAAAGCAGUCCCCUGGGAAGGGGGCCCCUCCUGCGAUAUAGACACUCCUGCUGUGACCCACUUGGGGCUCCCACAGCGACGGCACCGGAGGCACUGAGCUCAGAGCGGGGCAGAGAUGCGCACAGUCCGGUCUCCCAGCACAGCUCGCAGCCCCUCCUGCCUCUGCGCGGCCCCACCCGCACUUCCUUGCCUUCUAUGGGGUCGAAAUGCUGAAGCCCCCGAGGUCCCUGUCCACAAAGGCCUCCUCCACAAGGAAGGGGACUUCACUCCCAGCCCCUGGACAGCUGCCCAGAAGCUCUCCGGGACCCUUGGCAAUAAAGCACUUUAGUUUCCAGUUCUGUCUGGCGAAGAAAUCGGGGCCCAGCCGCGCGGGGCUGGGUGGCGAGCCUUUGCUUCCAGGCCCCUCGGGUUGUGUCUGACCACUCAGCCAGCCCGGCAGAGGGAGCUCCUGGGGGCAGAGGUUAGGCCACACCCACCCUCGUAAAGGGCUGCCUGGGAGGCACCUUCACUCCGAGUAUUUUGCUCAAAGAGGUACAUUGCAUUUACUCCAGAGGAAGUGGCCCCACUUCCCCAGGUUAACUCGCCACAAGGGGACCCGACACAGAGC